UCCUAUACAACCCUGUCAUUAGAAGUCUCUUCACCUGACACUGACCAUUAUUACCAUCAUCAUAUUUCCAAACCCUCAGUUCUUCACAGCAAUGGCAGGAGAACCAGUUCCCGGAGAUCUUGAUUUUGUUGAUGAUUUCUACUUCUCUGCCAUCCUGGAUGAAUCCGAUGAAGAAAACGAACAUCAUGAUGUGGAAACCGAUUCAUUUCAGGUUUCAGAUGCCAAAUAUGCUGAGAAACUCCAGUUCCAGGAAGCUUUAAUGGGAUGUGUUAUCAUUUCUCAAAUCAAGAGCAAUAAACCAUCAACAGAAUCGCCAGUAACUGGCCAAUCAUCUCAAAGUUUCUGUGAAAUUUGUGCGGAAAGAAAAGAAAACAAUGAGAUGUUUGCGACAGGGAGCUGUGUCCAUUCUUUCUGUUCAGAUUGUAUAAGCAGACAUGUUUCUACAAAGAUUCGAGAAAGCAUCACUGUCGUCACUUGCCCUGGAAUUAACUGCAGGUCAGUUCUUGAACUUGAUGUUUGCAGAACUAAGCUAUCUAAACGAGUGAUUGAUCUUUGGGAGGAAGCACUGUGCUUAGAGAUGAUAAGCCAAUGGCAGAAAGUUUAUUGCCCGUUUAAGGAUUGUUCUGCAUUGCUAGUGAAUGACAAUGAAGAAAAAGGAACGGUGAUGAGGGAAUGUGAAUGCCCUUACUGCCAUAGAAUGUUUUGUGCCGAGUGUAACGUUCCUUGGCAUUCGGGUGUUGAGUGCGGAGUGUUUCAGACAUUGAAUCAGGAUGAGAGGGGAAAGGAAGAUUUGAUGGUAAUGGAACUUGCUCAUCGCAAUCAAUGGAGUCGAUGUCCUAACUGUAGAUUCUAUGUCGAAAGAACAGAAGGAUGCCCACAUAUGAUUUGCAGGUGUAAAUUUGAGUUUUGUUAUGGAUGCGGAUUGCAGUGGACUGCAAAUCAUGGUGGCUGCUCCAGAACUUAAACAUGUCCCCGAGUUCCAUUUUAUCUGUUUUGAAUUUCAGUCAGAAUCAGAAUUAUAAACUGUUUG